AAAAACAAAACAGAAAACAGCUAACUAACACAAUGAAACAUAAAAAACAUGAUUUUUACAUUUUUAAAAAUGGAGUUUUUAAACUUUUUUAUUUAAUUAUAUCGAAGUUGUAACAAAGGUAAACUCUCAGCUUUUAUUCAUGAUUGAUCAGACAAAUUAAUCCAACCACACCAUAAGCUAAACCCAUAAUAACAAAGCAACACAAACAACACUGGACAAAUGACUAAGUGAACACAGGGGCUAUGAAUAUAGAAGAAAUGAUAUGAAUGAGUCACGGAUGAAAUCAGAGCAAGGGCAAUAUAACAAUUAUUUACUCUCAAUGUCCACUGCUAUUCCAUGAACACGGCUUAUCAAUUUUUUAGAAGUUCACAGAAAAAGUGACUCACAUUCUGAUCAACAUACCACUCAUACAUGAACUACUCCUUGAUCUGGGACACAUGAUUACAUUUGCUUCUAUAACAUGUAAAAAAAAGUAUAAACAUUUAGUAAAUCUUCACACACACAAACAUGUAGUAUAUUGUAUUUGCAUUUUUCAUAAAACUCACUGGUAAAAACAUUUACAAUAUUAAAGUUUUUGUUGAUCAUCUCACUAACACAACGUUAAGGUGCCUUUGCAGUUUUUUUUUUAUCGGAGUUGAAUGAAUUCCUAUCUAAUCUAUGCACAUAAUACUAAUUUCAUCUUCAAACAAAAACUUAAACGUGAUUUUCCGAACACUGCCAGCUAACUGCAGUAAGUAAACGUGAGGAUGUUGUAAAUCAAACGGGGUUAAACUGGCAUCCGGUGAACUAUGUAACAGCAGCGCUAUCUUGGUGCAGUAGCAUUCGUGCCCUCUAUGUCACGCUGCUAGAGGUGUGGCGCCUUUUCACGCCUUUAACAGAGACGCUUCAAAACACGAGGCCAUCUUGGAGGAAGACAGCCUGCUGUGAAGUUCGCAGAACAGCCGAUGCACACUUUAUAACAAACGCGUGAACUCUAACAGUGCGUAUAGAUAUACCCGAGAGCACCCUGUGCAUAAAUCAACGGCUGUUUUUCAACUUCACAAGGCCCUUUUCUCGAUGACAGCCCCAGCCACUCCGACUCUGACCGCGCUCCGCCAGAAUCAACUGACGUUUCUUAUGUCCCGCCUCCACGUAGGCGCACGACCAAUGACAUCGCUCGAAAAUCUGAGCGUAAUGACGUUUCCGCUUCUGCGCACAUGCGCAAUGUCAUUUUGUCCAAAGCUCCUCACUGUUCACAUCGAAGAUGGCGGCAGGCUUUGACCUGCUAUAUAAGGAUUUCUGUAUUAAAAGAGUGGGCAAGAAACUUUUUCUCGUUACUUCAAGUUGUGUUAGAUUAGAAGUUACCAGAUCUUGUCACAAUAAAUUUGAGGUAAGCGCCCAGGCAGUUGGUAAUCACCCCGCCGACUCCGGGAAAAGAGGCAAUUCAACUAGCUAAUGUUAACAUUUUGCGAGCUCAGGCUACUGCUGCGAGUCUUGUAAAUAUGAACAUAGUGAAAGCAGCGAGUCUUGAAGUAUGUUAGAGCAUUAUUUCUCACAUGAUCAUUGUUACUAGUGGAGUUGAGUUGACAAGGGCGCUUGUCAAAUCCGUAUUGACAUUGUGACACGAGAUUCCCCUUCACUCACGCUCGCUCCUACUUCGAAAAGCAACUGGAGGGAAAUAAGGGGGUGUUUGCAGUGGAUGAAUCAAAACUUCUUGAACUGAUGUGCACACAGAUGGAUAACGACUAACCCGAUACAGUGUUUCUUAAUGCUAUGGUAACUACUUUGCCCAGCCACGGUGCGAAGAUCGGGACGUCCACAGUGCAAACUUUGAACGGAGGCAAUGCGAUGGAUCCGCACACUGGAAGCGGCACUCCAGUGUCCGGUGGCCAGUCGACAUCAUCAUCAGACGACGCUUCGGCUUCUGUCCCGGUUGUCAAUAACGGACCCGGGGUGUCGAAAGGACAUGCAAACGUGACUGUUGCCCCGAGCCCAAACACGGUGAUCCAGUCUUCUUACGGGAGUCCACAGUGUGCUGGACCCUCAGUUGUCAGGCCAUCUAUGCAAACUGCUGGAACAGGUUUAACUAUUAACGGAAGUAACAAUAACGCCGUUUCGGUGACUGUAGCCAAUGUAGCGACCCAGCCAGCACCGGGAAUAACUACUACCGCCACCCCUCUUUCGAUGAACCAGACACCCGCCUCUGUGUCUGCGAGUCCCAACAAGUCCGAGUCCCCUAAAACUGUCAGCCCCGCCGGCAUGACCCUCGGACCCCAGAUUCAGAGCCCCGUGGUGGCCACGGGAGCUGUUUUGCAGGGAGUUGCGAGAACAGCAGCUCCGGCGACUGUUGCAUCCAGUCCUGCCAUCAGGACUAUUGCGCCACAGGUGUUAGCGCCCCGACUACACCAGAGCAGCCCGGGCCAGGGCAUCCAGAACAUCCAGCUACCUCCAGGUAUGGUGUUGGUGCGUAGUGACAGCGGUCAGUUGUUGAUGAUUCCUCAGCAGAUGUUGGCACAGAUGCAGGCCCAGUCUCAGGCCACCCGCCCUGCUGCCCCCACCAGCACCACCCCUGGGCCAAUCACCUCUGCGCAGGUACCUGGAACCCCACUAAUGGCCCGACAGAUGACCCCUACCGCCAUCAUAAGGCAGGGAUCCCAGACAGCCAGCAGCACGGCCACCACCACACUCCAGAGACCACCUGUGCAGCAGGCAUCCUCUGUUGGCACAGUGCUGUCAGUGCAGGCGGGAACCGCCCAGAGGACUGUGACUGCUGCCACGGGGACCACCGUCACCUCGACAACGGAGACGAUGGAGAAUGUAAAGAAAUGUAGGAACUUUCUGUCCACGUUGAUAAAGCUGGCCACUAGCGGUAAGCAGUCAACGGAGACUGUCGCCAACGUCAAAGAGCUGGUCAAGAACCUGCUGGAAGGGACGAUUGAAGCCGAGGAGUUCACCAGCAGACUCUACAAAGAGCUCAACUCCUCUCCACAGCCUUACCUAGUGCCUUUCCUUAAGAGGAGUCUUCCAGCUCUGCGACAGCUCACUCCCGACUCAACAGCCUUCAUUCAGCAGAGCCAAACCCUCCAGUCACCCACUGUGGUGCUGACCAGCCCCAACACCGCUGCUACCACAGCUCCCCGCACACUAAUCCAGCCUGGCCUCAGCAACUCCAGCCACACCGCCUCUCUGGUGUUGCAGCCCUCGCAGCAGGGGACAAUAGUGAAGCCCCCUCAGGUUACCCUGACAACCAAUCCCAUGGUAACGCUCAGGGGUCAACCUCAAAGCCACGUAGUGAUGGGUCAGCCUCAGGUGCAGCUUAAACAGAUCCAGACAUUGGCACUAAAGCAGGGUGUGGUGAGCAGCACUAAACUGACUCAUGGUUCCGUAUCUGUAGCUUUAGUGCAGAGGAAUAAAGCGAAGGAUGCUGCAGGAGGAACUUUCAGGGAUGAUGAUGACAUCAACGAUGUGGCCUCAAUGGCAGGUGUUAAUCUUUCUGAAGAGAGCGCCCGAAUCCUGGCCACCAACUCAGAACUGGUUGGCGCAGUCACACGGUCUUGUAAGGACGAAGCUUUUCUCUCGGCCAGUAUGCUACAGCACAAGAUACUACAGAUAGGCAAGAGGUUUGGGGUGACGGAGCUGGGACCCGAAGUGGUGAACAUCGUCUCUCAUGCAACUCAACAGAGACUGCAAAACCUUCUAGAGAAAGUCUCAUUGAUUGCCCAACAAAAGAACAUGACUUACAAGGAGGACAGUCGGUACGAGCAGGUGGAGGACGUUCGCUCUCAGCUGAAGUUCUUUGAGCAGCUCGACCAGUUGGAGAAGCAGAAGAAAGAGGAACAGGAGAGAGAAAUUUUAAUGAAGGCAGCUAAGUCACGUUCGCGACAAGAGGACCCCGAGCAGCUGCGGCUGAAACAGAAGGCCAAAGAGAUGCAGCAGCAGGAGUUGGCGCAGAUUCGACAGAGGGAGGCUAACAUGACGGCGCUGGCGGCUAUUGGACCCAGAAAGAAAAGGAAACUGGAUUCUCCUUCGCUCGGGACUGACACAGAGGGAUCGGGUUUGUCAGGGAGUGCGUCCGGGGGCUUAAAUGCAGGAGCGUCGAGGCAGUACACUCGCCAACGCAUCACGCGCGUAAACCUCAGGGAUUUGCUCUUCUGUCUAGAGAACGAGAGGAGCACCAACCACUCACACUUGCUCUACCAAGCCCUCCUCAAAUAACUGAUGGCCCCUAUCCUUCCAUCUUUUCAGCCUUUAGGUCUCUGUUAUUGUUAUUAUCAUUCUCUGUCAUUCCCUUUAAAUCUUUCUUUAUCACUCUUGUACUCUUCUCACUUCAUCACUGUCUCACAUACUCACACAGUGAUACAUUUUCCUUCGCUUUCUCGAGUUGACCUGUGCUCCUCUGUCUUUCACAUUCGGUUUGUUUUAUGUCUUUUAAUUUGUCUUUUGGAUUUCAUUCUUUUAAUUGUGUUUUAAAAAAAUACAUAUAUCAUGUUUUUGUUUUCAUAGAAGGUGGCUUUGUAAUGUGCAAAUUAUGUAUGUAAAAAAGAAUUCACAGUGGAACUACCCAUUCAUUUUAUAUUUGUGUUUUUAUAAAGAUGUUUUAAGAAAUAAACGUGGACAAAGUUUCUAUUAAAAUAUUCGUGGUGUGGUGUUAUAACGCGAAGAAUACUACUACUGACGUCUGAAUCAGUUUCGUUUGCAUUGUUAACUUGGUUAAAAUAUAAUACCCGGUAUUUCCCCAGUCAUCAAGUGUUAUUUUAGUUACAUAAUCCGGUUAUUAAUGUUUUUUUAAAUCAAGUGUGUACAACAGGAUAUUUAGUCAAGCAGACGUCACACUGCCCAACAUUGUUGUUCCUUUUUUAAACCACUAGGUGGUACUGUAGACUUGUGCUCAUUGCUGC